AUGUUUGGUGGUCCGCCAGAAGACGCCGAUAAGGCAUGGGAGCCUGUCCGGCAGCCUUAUCGUAUUCUGGUUGACGAGCACGAAUCAGCCAUUCCAACCGUAGGGCACGCAAUGUUCAGGUACAGGAAUGCGCUGGUUCUUUGGGGUGGCAAUUUUUUCAUCGCUGGUAGCAUUCGGCAUAGUCCCACCAAGUACCUGUAUAUCUUACCCGCUGGUCUGUUGGCUGGCUGCAGAACUUUGAAAUGGAUACUGUAUCAUGUGCCUAACGGUGACGUACCUCCUUCAACAAGCAAUGCUUGUGCACUUUUAUGCGAUUCCUAUGUCUAUUUCUUUGGAGGUUACAUUCGCCGAUCACGAGAAAAUCAGGUUUUGGAGGGACACUCGUCUGCAAUCUAUGUACUGGAUCUGGAACAAGAACAGUGGUCCUUGACUGUGUCUGAUAAUGUGCUUAUCCCAACUCCACGAGACAAAAUGACUGGAUGGACACACAAAAACAGGUUUGCGCAGCACAACAUAUUUCUCAAGUCAAACUUAUUUUAG